UCGACUCUGCGGCUUUUGCGCAAAACCCAACAGGGACAUCAAACUUAUCCUUUGACGCAACUCUGUAUGAUCCGACACUUCAUUUUCUUUUUUUAGGCCGAAGCCCAUUGAGUUUUUUUGAGGGUUGUUGAGGCCAAGUCGAGCGGCCAUGUCAGACAGGGCUCCUCCCGCCCAGUCCAGCGACUUCUGGCUGUUUGGAUACGGAAGUUUGAUCUGGAAGCCACCGCCACACUUUGAUAGGAGAAUCCCAGGCUGGGUGACGGGCUAUGUGCGCCGGUUCUGGCAGGCGAGCGAAGACCACCGCGGCACCCCGGAGGCUCCAGGACGCGUAGUGACGCUGAUUGAGCGGUCCUACUGGGAGACGCUGACGGACCAUCAUGACUCGGCACCCAACCGAGUCUGGGGCGUCGCGUACCGGAUCUUGCCCGACCGGGUUGCCGAAGUGAAGGAGUACCUCGACAUCCGCGAGAUCAACGGGUACUCGAUCCAUUACACGCCAUUCCACCCAGCCUCCGAACUCCGCCCCCAUCCCGUCGUCUCUCUGCAAGCAACGCAACCCGGGGCUCCCAUCCAGGCUCUUGUCUACAUUGGGACACCAGACAACGACCAGUUCGUCGGACCUCAAGACCCCCAGCAGCUUGCCGAGCACAUCUAUCUCAGCGAGGGGCCCAGCGGCCUAAACCGGGACUAUCUUUGGGGGUUGGAAAAGGCUCUAGACGGUCUCAGCCCAGAGAGUGGGGACGAGCACGUCACUGAUCUGUCAAAUCGGGUCCGGGCGGUUGCGGCUCGGUUUGCGGAAGGGAGAAACGAUCAACCUGACAAGUUCUUGCGUCCGCCCCCUUCUGUUGUGCUUGUCAGUCCGGCCCAACAGCAUGACUUCAGAAAGAUCACCAGCAUAGAUGAGCAAGAAGAGACAGAGAAGACUUCGUGAUGAAGUGGAAGCUUUUUUGAAAAUCAGCAAAGUUUCUUUGUUUCCCUUCCCCUUUUCCUUACUGUCUGGGUUUCCAGCAAGAGAUCCCCCAACUCCUACCAUUCCCCUUUUUUUGCUCCUUGUCCCGUACCAACUUGACAUUACCAACACCGCCGAUUUCCUCCUUUCGGGGCUAUUCUUAUCCGUCC